UACGUCAUCCUGCUGGUCCGAAAAGAAAGCAAAAUCAUUGGUGUUUUAAGCCAUUGGAGGCCUGGAGUCUGCAACACGACAUAACUAGAAUCAAAUUCAAAGGUCUAUUAUUUGCUGUUACCGUAUCGAAAAAGCAGUAUGUUUCGUACAUCCCUUUUCGACAAAAGUCUAGAAAAUGCUACCAGCAAUCUAAACCUGGAGCCCGACUGGCAGGCGAUACUGGUCAUUUGUGACACAAUCCGGCAGGGCGAUGUAAACGCGAAAUAUGCUGUCCAGGCCCUGAAAAAGAAGAUGCAGUCGCCAAACCCAAUCACGGCCAUGUAUGCACUGUUGGCGCUGGAAAGCAUCGUGAAGAAUUGCGGUACGCCCGUGCACGACGAGAUAGCGAACAAGGCGAACUGCGAGAUGUUCCAGAGUUUGGUCAACACUACAAAGCACGAGGAAGUGAGGGCGAAGAUGCUCGAGCUUAUUCAAGCUUGGGCGUACGCGUUCCGAUCGACCAUAAAGUAUCGUUCGAUAAAGGAUACGAUGAACAUUUUGAAAACGGAAGGCCAUAAGUUCCCGGAGCUGAAGGAAGCGGACGCAAUGUUUUCUUCGGACAUUGCACCCGAUUGGGUAGAUGGAGAAGUUUGCCAUCGAUGCCGUUCGCAGUUUACGUUCACCGUGCGUAAACAUCAUUGUCGCAACUGUGGUCAAGUCUUUUGUGCUCAAUGCUCGUCGAAGAACAGCACGCUGCCAAAGUUUGGCAUUGAGAAGGAAGUACGCGUGUGUGAUGGAUGCUACGCUCAACUUCAGCGACCAACGUCAACCCUGACGAAGAAACCUACCGAGGAAGAAGAUCUGCCGGCGGAAUAUCUGAGUAGUUCGCUUGCCCAGCAGGCACAGGGACCAGCACGCAAGACGGACGAGGAGCUGCGCGAAGAGGAAGAGUUGCAGUUAGCCUUGGCAUUGAGUCAAUCGGAGGCCGAAACGAAGCAGCAGACUCAGACGCGACGUGUUACCGCGUUUCAUAAGGCGCCGGAGUCACCGGAACCGCAAACUCCCCAAGCGCAGGUCAAACGAAGCCCGUCGCCUGUUGAGGAACCGCCAGCCGACCCGGAAUUGGCCCGGUAUCUGAAUCGCAACUAUUGGGAGCAACGGCAGGUAAUGGAUUCACCUGCGUCUCCGUCGGCGCCAAGCCCGAUGCCGAGUCCAAUGCCAUCGAUGCAGCCAAGCCUCCUGACAAAGAGCGCACCGGAAGACGCAGAGAUUGAUGAGUUUUCCAACAUGAUGAAAACGCAGGUGGAAAUUUUUGUGAAUCGCAUGAAGUCGAACUCAAGCCGUGGUCGGAGCAUUUCGUGCGACAGCUCUGUUCAGACGCUUUUCAUGAACUUGACCUCGCUGCACGCCCGCUUGCUUACGUUCAUUAAGGACAUGGACGACAAGCGUAUGUGGUACGAGCAGCUGCAGGACAAGCUGACGCAGAUAAAGGAUUCGCGCGCUGCGCUGGAUGUAUUGCGGCAGGAGCAUCAAGAGAAGCUGCAGCGCAUUGCCGAGGAACAGGAACGCCAGCGGCAAUUACAGAUGGCACAGAAGCUGGAGAUCAUGCGCAAGAAGAAACAGGAAUAUCUGCAGUAUCAGCGACAGGUGGCUCUCCAACGCAUUCAAGAACAGGAACGUGAGAUGCAGAUGCGCCAGGAACAGCAAAAGGCACAGUAUCGUAUGGGAACGGCAUUUCCGUUCAUGGCGCCUGGUCCUGCGCCGGGUCAGGGACCUCAAGGAUCUCCGGUGCAUGUUGGUGGUGUUCCCGGUGGAUAUCCUGGUCCGGGGUAUGGACCGUACGGUCCAAUGCCUCAAACGAACGGUACACUUCCACACUAUCAGCAGCAGCCACCGCCACAAAUGUUUUCGCCUCAACACACUGGUCAAUAUGGAAUGCCAGGUGCUACUGCGCCGGGAGCUGAUGGACAGGUUCCAAUGCAGCAGGGUCCAAUGCAGCCACCAUCCGGCGGAGCUGGGAUCAUUCCCCCAGGGAUGAAUGUUAUGCCUGGGCAGGUACCACCGCCGGGUACUAUGAAUAUGCCCGGUGCAGGGCACAUACCGGGAGCGCCGAUGAUGGGUCCUCCACAGCCAUCUCAAACUCAGCAGCAGCAACAGCAACCACCCCAGCAGCAACAACAGCAACCACAGCAAUUACCAUCCCAACAGACGGGUUUAAUGGGAGGGAAUCCAAUGCAACCACAGAACGAUCUUCAGCAACAACAGGGACAGGUUCAUCCCCCAGUUGCAAUGCCUCCAGUAGUUCAGAUUCCACCCGCCCCGAUGGUUUCUGCACCAGAUGUGGCACCCGUUGCUGCCGUUGCUCCACCUCCACAACAAGCAGCCCCAGCAGCCCCAAAUCCUGAACCAGCUACAGCUGAACUAAUUAGUUUUGAUUAAAGGAAGGGCCAAAUGCUAGAUGAAAUGCCCUAGAAGCAAUCCUGUAUUUAACGCUGGGCUGUCUAUUUAGUCGUUUUCCGUUUUGUAUUUUCUUUACUCAUCAUGUAGAGCAUUCUUUAUUAUCAAAAUGCUGCGCGAAAGCGUAAUAUAAAUGUGUACCGCCACACGAUAUAUUGCUAAUAAAUCUUACUACAAAAGGUUACGUAUUGGAAA